AUGGGUUCGACUGGAAACAAUCUUCCCAUCAACAAUGGAGUCACUGAAACAAUCUCCACCACUGCUGGAUCUCUUCUUCAUGUUAACAUGACAAACGUUACCAAGCUGACCGCCACCAACUACAUCAUGUGGAGUCUUGCGAAUCCAGCCCAUGCACUCUACAAGCGUCAAGACAAGCUUCUCUACAGCGCCAUCCUAGGUGUGAUCUCUCCUUCCAUUCAAUCACUCAUGUCCAAAGCAACAACCACAAUCGACAUAUGGGAGACUCUUGCCUCCACAUAUGCCAAACCUAGUCGUGGGCAUAUCAAGCAGUUGAAGCAUCAACUCAAACAAUGGAAGAAAGGCACCAAAACCGUCGAUGAGUACAUUCAAGGACUCGUCACACGUUUCGAUCAACUUGCACUUCUAGGCAAAGUUAUUGGCCCCAUUGAUCUUGAAGAUCAAAUUGAGUUCGUUCUCGAAGGCUUACCCGAAGACUACAAAUCUGUCAUCGACCAAGUUGAAGGCAGAGAUGCGCCUCCUUCUCUCACUGAGCUACAUGAAAAGCUGAUUAAUCAUGAAGCCAAAAUCCUCACGGCUGAGCCUCCUUCUCACCUCCCUGUCUCCGCCAACAUUGCAACAAAUCGCUUCAAACCAAACAACAAAAACAACAACCGCAAUCAGCAGUGGCAAAACCAAUCUCAGCCACGGCAAGCUUCCGACAACAACAAUACGCCAUGGCAACCAAGACCUUACCUUGGCAAAUGCCAAAUCUGUGGGAUUCAAGGUCAUAGUGCACGCCGCUGCCCUCAACUAGCUCGUAAUGCCACAGGUCUCCUUCCCUCUCCCACAAACUGGCAACCACGAGCCAACUAUGCUGCUGGAAGCUCGCAGAUUACUCCAGGAUGGGUGGUAGAUUCCGGUGCUACGCACCAUAUCACGUCUGAUCUUGCAAACCUCGCUCCUCUAUCAACCUUACACCGGUGGAGAAGAAGUCAUCAUCGGAGAUGGGAAUGGUUUGUCAAUCACUAA